GGCAAUUCGUCACGACACCUCAGCUCUGGCGGCUCAUUCAUAUCUGCAUCGCCAUCAAGAAGUCCUUUGCUCACUUACUUCCUUCUCGACAGUAUUGUGUUCAACUUCUUGUGCGCAUCCGGAAUACCUUUGUCUGUUCAACCUCCUUCCCCGAGUCGGCAAGGCCAGGUGUAACAACGCGUGUGUGUAUUGCAAUGUCUUCUCAGUACUUUCGGUUGGAUGAGCACAACAUCGAAGCUUCGCAUAUUCGCGGUUUCCCAAGAGCGGUUUCUACACACGAGAACGAUGCACUACAACUUGCUAUCAAGCAGUACACGCCGUUGAACAAUCCCAAUCCUUCUGACGGUGAUAUCACAAUCAUUGCGGCGCAUGCCAACGCGUUUCCAAAGGAAUUAUACGAACCGUUAUGGGAUGAGCUCCUCCAAAGAAGCCAGAAGUUUGGAUUCAAGAUCCGAAGUAUCUGGAUCGCUGAUGUUGUUCACCAAGGGCAUAGCAGCGUCCUCAACGAAGACAAAUUAGGCAAUGACCCAUCAUGGCUUGACCACAGCCGCGACCUUCUACACAUGGUAAACACUUUCUCGCGCCAGAUGCCGCGCCCGAUAAUUGGUGUCGGCCACUCCAUGGGCGGUGCCCAACUCGCCAAUCUUGCACUUCUGCACCCGCGCUUAUUCGAGUCUCUUAUCCUCAUUGACCCCGUCAUUCAAGGCAAAGUGUCUGUUAUCGGCAAUGUUGGUCCCGCAUUUGCCUCCGCUAAACGGCGCGAUUUAUGGCCGUCACGCGCCGAAGCAGCGAAAGGGUUCAAGAAGAGCAAAUUCUACCAGACCUGGGAUCCACGCGUGCUGGAUCGGUGGAUCGAGCACGGUCUGCGCGACACACCGACGAAGCUCUUCCCGGAUGCGAAGGAGGGACAAGUCACGCUCACGACGACCAAGCACCAGGAAGUCAUGACGUUCCUGCGGCCGAAUUUUAGGAACAGGGGCGGCGAGACUGAACCCGAUUCUGCGGGCUUUACAUUGACAAAUCCCAAGCUGAACCGCAGGACACAUGCUGAUCUCACACCGUAUGAUCAGCCGCAGGAGCCGUUCUACCGCGGCGAGAGCACCAUUGUGUUCAAUCAGUUGCCGGCUCUGAAGCCGUCUGUGUUCUACAUCUUUGGAAGUCUGUCGUUCUUAACCAACGAUGCUAUCAUUGAGGAAAAGCUGGCAAAGACUGGAUCAGGUGUCGGGGGUAGUGGUGGUAGGGCAGAAGGCAAGGUGGACAGCGUUAUGGUGCAAGACGCUGGACAUCUGAUUCCGAUGGAGAAAGUUGAGGAGAGUGCGGAUCAUGUUGGAAAGUGGAUCGGAAAAGAGAUGGUGAGAUUUUGGGACUGGCAGAAGAAGACACAAGAUGAAUGGGGCACUAAGACGGGGAUUGAGAGGGGUGUGUUGAGCGAAAGAUUUGUGGAGGAGCUCAAUGGAAUGAUGGCGAAGUCGAAGUCAAAGCUGUAAAGUAGGAAAUUCAUCUGUAUUGAUCCGCUUCGCGUGUCUUGGAUGGAUUGCAAUUGUGUAUAGUGCAGACGAUUCGUUGUUCGAUAGAAUGUUUUGUCAUCGAGGCACGACGAUUAACC